AUGGACUCUAAGAAGGUGCUUACUGAUGCUAGUCUAACCGAUGACCUAGUGGUGAAAAUCCUUUCUCGGGUGCCUUUCAAGUCUUUUUGCCGCUUCAAAUGUGUUUGCAAGGCCUGGCUUGCCUUCUCCUCGGAUCCACACUACCGUCAGAAACUGCCAAAAAUUCCCACCGGUCUUUUUCAUGGAUGCAAAGGUGGGUCUGUUGCCCAGCUUGUUAGCCUGUCACGAAAUGAUGAGGAAAUUGAUGGAGGACUUACGUUCUUGCCGCACCAUGAGCAUUUAAAAUUUGUGGAUUGCUGCAAUGGCCUAGUUCUUUGUAAGUACAAGAGCAACUAUAUUCCUCGAAAUAUUUGCCGCUUCAUCGUGUGCAACCCUGCAACACGAGAGUGGAGGACGCUUCCUGAUACUCACCCUGACCCUUACACAAUGGGUUACACAUAUAAAGCUUUUUUGGCCUUUGAUCCAUCAUGGUCAGCACAGUUCUAUGUCUUCAACUUUCAGGAGAAGUUUGGCGAAAUGCCAAUUGGUAUCAACAAACUUGAGGUGUUCUCGUCUGACCUAUCCACGUGGAUUGUGGAUGCUGCAUGGAGUUCGCGUAUAUAG